AUGCAACCUACUCAAAUCUACAAAGAGCUUCUCAACACGUAUCCCUAUCCCGAUUUCACUCCUCGAACAGUAUACAAUCUGUGCCUGAAGGAAACCGAAGGCCUAUAUCGUCACGAUCCGGAUGAAUAUACCUCGGCUGGUAUAUAUCUGGAUCAAAUGAGCGCUGGUCCGGAUCCAAUUGUACAGCGCAUUGCAUUACCAGAUGAUCAAGAUGGGUAUACUGCCCUUGCCUUCUCUGUCCCGUCAUUUAUCCGAAAGUAUGGUGAGCGCAUCUGCGAAAUCGGACUGGAUUCAACAUGGAAGACUAAUAAAUCCGGUUACGAGUGCUUUGCGCUCUUAGGAGAGCUGUCCGGCUCUGGGCUCCCACUCGGCUUCCUCCUUAUCAAAUCCAACAAUCCCGAACCGGGGACAAAGGAGAAAUACAUCUGCGCCCUUCUCCGUCAUAUGCGCGAGAAAUGGGAGCUUGUUCCUAUCCAGUCCCUCAGUGACAAGGACAUUACAGAGAUCAAUUCGUGUCUCGCUGAAUUGCCAGAUGACAUCAAACAUCAACUGUGCUUCUGGCAUUGUAUUCGCGCAGUUCGUGGCCGGCUCAGCGUUGUCGGCCGAUCUCCAGCCCACUAUCACAUCGACGCUGCACAGUUUGAAUUCGAUUUUAUUGAUCCAAACUUUGUCCCUCUUGCUCAAAUGAAGGAACAAGACAAAACUCCGGAAAGUCUUUUUGUUGCGCAGGAGGCAAUUCCCACGGUUCAAAUCCGGAUCGGUGACCAGCUAAUGAGUAUGGCACCGGCCAAGCCCAAAAUUGUGAUCCACCUGAAUGGACACCUUCGGGAUACCUUGAGGGGGUUGCGUGGCCUGGGGGAAGAAUCGGACGAGCGCGAGGAGUAUUUUGAAGAGGAGGAUGACGGUCUGUCAGAUGAACUGGGAGACGAGCUUGAGUCCAUGGACUCAGACCGUUUGGAAGCCGCCCCGUCGUGGCUUGAACCCGGAGAGCUUCUAAACGAUGCAACAGUGUUUGCGCAUAAUAAGUCCUACCUGUUCUGCCCUGCACCCCAUCGACGCCAGCUUCUACAUCUGUUCAUGCGGCACUUUUGCCUUCAUCCCCUUCUUCCCGAACGGACCAGACAGUUUCGCACAGCUCAAGAAAUUCGGCGCGACUCCGUUUUUGAAAUGUACAAAUUCUGCUUCCAGCGCGGGUUGCGAGAAGUGUGGGGAUAUAUGUGGGAGGCUUGGUAUUGCAAUGCAAAGUGGGUGCUGUGGGCUCGCUCAAGCCAGCCAGACUUCAUUGGUAGAUGGCGCACCACCAUGGCUGUCGAGAACUUCUGGCGGAACCUCAAGCACGGCACUCUCCACCAUUUACUUCAUCCUCGACUCGAUCAACUAGUUCACCUCAUCGUCACGGAUGUCAUCCCACGCUUUCGAGACAAGAUGCGAAUCUUCGAUACUGAUUAUCGUCCGGGCCGCGCACGCGCGCUAACCCCAUGGCAGACGGAACUCAAGAAAAAUUGGAAAAAACAGGCAGCCCGCGCUGUGAGUUCCAACACUUAUACUCACUCCCUGAACCUAUCAACAUGGACAUGCACCUGUGGGCAGCAAAAAUACAAUGCCUUCCUACUCUGCAAACAUCUGGUGCAAGCUGUACACCUCCCUGAUCCCCAAUUUUUCCGCGAAGUCUAUCGCCGCCGGGUCACGCCCUUUUAUCAUCAUCCCUUGCUUCGACCCAAAGAUGGUUCUACAAUUGACGCGUCGGGCUUCAAGCCUAGUCUGAUCAGCGGUGAUUAUUUCACGGACUUCGAGGCCACACGAGGAAUGAAGAGGGCUAGAGGGCAGGAUACAUGGAAGCGAAAUAGUUUGGCUGGCUCGUCGCGUUCAUCCUCCCUCACUCCGGAGGAUUACGAGACUGCGAGAGAGUCUUCGGUAUAUGAAUCUGACGGACCAGAUGAUAACGAUGAGCUCCGUGAAUAUACCGAAGAUCUUAUCUCCGGUCUUCGAGAGGGUGUCGAUAUCCUUUUGGGCCAAUUGCAGCGCGGUCCAGAGGCAAACAUUUUUCUUAGGAGUGUGAAGCGCCAGAAAAGGGGGCAGGAUAUUAUUCAGAUGGUGAGGGACAUUAAACACUUCAGUGAAACCGGAAGGAAACGGCCCACUACCUGGGCAAAACCGAAAGACAAGCGAUCAGCCGAGUAUACUAGCAAUACCAUGGGUUAUAUGACCCCUGAUAUCCCUAACUAG